CUCCCCUAUAAAUUAAUAAUACUCUCUGCUCUGCAAGCACAGGGAGACUCAAAUUUGACUCUCCGGUCUCAACUCUCAACCCAUUUGACUCAACCAAGAAGGAGCUUGGACGUUUUGAAGAGAUAAGAGAUUUCUGGAGAAGAUGGCGAUGGUGACGAUGAUAUGUUGGUCUCUGGUGGUGGUGGUGGUGACUGGGCUGCUACUGUGCAGACUGAAACAAGUGUAUGAAAUGGUGUGGAAGAACCCCAUAAGGAUUCGCUCUACGCUGGCAAAGCAAGGGAUUGGAGGUCCAACGCCGGCCUUCUUGUAUGGAAAUGUUAAAGAAAUACAAAUCAUGGAGUCAGAAGCUCGAGAACAUGCUAAAAAUGUUCAAGAACUCUCCCACGAUCACUGGGUUCGUGCCAUUUUUCCUCAUCUCCGGAGAUGGACAUUCGACUACGGGCCAGUAUACAUGUUCUCAACGGGAAACCAGCAGCACCUGUAUUUGAGCCAGCCAGAGUUAAUAAAGGAACUGAAGCUAAACAAGUCCUUGGAUUUAGGUAAACCUUCAUAUACAUCCAAAGCACUGGAGCCCUUGUUGGGCAAUGGCAUCAUUAAGGCUAAUGGACAUGAAUGGGCCCUUCAGAGAAGACUUAUUGCUCCUGAGUUCUUCCUCCACAAAGUUAAGGGGAUGAUUGGUCUCAUGGAGGAAUGUGCCAUGGCAAUGGUGAAAACAUGGGAGACUCGACUAAUUGAAAGCCAGGGAGGAGUUGCAGACUUGAUGGUUGACCAAGAUUUAAGAUGUCUUUCUGCAGAUAUCAUCUCCAAAGCUUGUUUUGGAAGCUCUUACUCUCAAGGGAAAAAUAUUUUCAGCAAGUUAAGGGUCAUGCAAGAAGCCAUGUCCAAACCCAGUAUAAUCUUUGGACUUCCAAACUUAAAAUUCCUUCCAACAAAGAGUAACAGAGAAAUAUCAAAGUUGAAGAAAGAGGUAGAGGAGUUGAUAUUGAAGGUGAUCAAAGAACGUCAAGAAGAGAGCCAAAAGGACACUGGUAAAUAUGGAAAAGACUUACUGGACAUGAUACUUGAGAGUGCUGCUACUGAUGCUGAAUUGCAGCAAAGCAAACAUAAUACACAUCGAUUUAUAGUGGACAACUGCAAAAACAUCUACUUUGCUGGCUAUGAAUCUACUGCUCUUGCUGCCUCCUGGACCUUGAUGCUUCUUGCUCUCUAUCCUGAAUGGCAAGAACAUGUUCGAACUGAGAUUUUUCACAUAUGGGGUGAUAAAAAAAGUCUUCAUCAAACUCCGGCUUCAAUAGAUUUAGAUCAACUUCGCCAAUUGAAAACGCUGACCAUGGUGAUUCAAGAGAGCCUGCGGCUGUAUGGGCCGUCUGUGGUGGCGGCAAGAGAAGUGUUUGCGGAUAUAAAAUUGGGAAAUUUGACAGUGCCAAAGGGAGUAAACAUAUGGAGCUUGGUGCCUGCGCUGCAUCGGGAUCCUGAGAACUGGGGUGCUGAUUCCAAUGAGUUUAAGCCGGAUAGAUUUGCAGGAGGGAUAUCUAAAGCCUGCAAAUGGCCACAAGUUUACAUGCCCUUUGGCUAUGGAAGUCGAUUGUGCGUGGGGCAAACGUUUGCAUUGAUGGAACUGAAAAUAUUACUCUCCAUUUUUGUGGCAAACUUCUCCUUCUCCAUCUCUCCGAAUUAUCGCCAUUCUCCUGUGUAUAAAAUGCUGUUGAUGCCACAGCAUGGAAUGAGGCUCCUUGUAAAGAAAGUGUAGACUCCACAACAGCUGAAAAAGGAGAGAUUGUUUGGAGAAAGAUGAACAAAAAGUAUUGAAAUGAAAAAUAAAAUGAUUCCAGAAAUGCAGUAAUUGGAUUGUGCU